CGGAAAGAGCAGUGUUAAGAGAGGAUUUGGUGAACCGAGGAGAGACAGACUUGGGGAGAGAGGUACCAUGGCUGCUCUCUCUGCCUUGCUGAAGACCUGGGUGCUACUGCAGACCCUGUGCCUGGCUCUGGCCCAAGUGAGGGGUCCACCUGGACCUCAGGGCCAGCCCGGCCCACCAGGCCCCUCUGGCACUCCUGGGUCAGACGGCAUCGAUGGGGAGACAGGACCUCCUGGGCCCCCAGGACCACCAGGGUUAAAGGGAGAGCCAGGAGAACCGGGUCCUGAUGGAGUUCCAGGAGAGAAUGGCAUUGAUGGUUUGAUCGGAGCAAAGGGUGACCGGGGUCCUGUUGGGAGCCCUGGCCCAAAGGGUCAACAUGGACCCAGCGGUGAGCCCGGCCCUCCUGGAGCAGGCCUUCCAGGACUCGCUGGAGCUCUUGGGGCAAUUGGUCUUCCAGGUGAAAUUGGGGCAAACGGGAUAAAGGGUGUCAUGGGACCACCUGGACCUCCAGGACUUCCUGGACCUCCUGGCAAACCUGGUCCUCCAGGGAAGUUCAUCGGUGGAGAGGAGGGGAGUGCAGACUUCCAGUGUCCUCUUAACUGUCCAGCAGGACCAAAAGGCCCUCAGGGACUACAGGGUGUCAAGGGACACAAAGGACGUGCUGGUGUUCUCGGAGAGCCUGGCAGCAUUGGAAAAGCGGGCCUCAGGGGAGAAAUGGGCAUCUCUGGGGAACAAGGCAUCCCAGGACCUGCGGGUCCAAUUGGUCUGAGGGGUUAUCCAGGAAUGAUGGGUCCUAAAGGAGAGACGGGGCCUCGCGGUUACAAGGGCAUCAACGGACAUGUUGGAAUUGCCGGGCCUCCUGGCGAGGAGGGACCUCAGGGACCACCCGGAGAGGCGGGAGACAAGGGAGACAAAGGAAGCCGAGGUAUCCAGGGCCCACAGGGUGCGGUCGGCAAAAAGGGAGAGAAUGGUCUGCCGGGUAUUGAUGGAAAAGAUGGGACACCUGGUAUUCCUGGAAUCAAGGGCGGCUCCGGUCAGGCUGGGAUGCCAGGUCCUCCUGGUCCUCAUGGAGCAGCGGGGUUGCCUGGCAGUCCCGGGUCUAAAGGUGGAGCUGGAGCUAAGGGUGGGCCUGGACCUCGAGGACAUGUAGGCAUGUCUGGUGCGCCUGGACCUCUGGGUGAGCCUGGUCUUCCUGGUGUUGCUGGUAUGGAAGGAGUACCUGGGCCUAAGGGCGACAGAGGCCAGCGGGGAGCGGUCGGGCCACAGGGAGUAGUCGGCAAACCUGGGAGCAAAGGAGAGCGAGGACCCAUGGGAGUACCUGGUGCGCAGGGCCUUAGCGGAACCAAGGGAGACAAGGGCUUCCAAGGAAAAGCCGGCUCAAAGGGAGACGUGGGUGACCCCGGCGUUGAGGGACUGGCUGGCGAGAAAGGUGAAAAGGGUAUGUCUGGUGAACCUGGACCCAAAGGACAGCAAGGAAUCAGGGGAGAACCUGGGCACAACGGACCCACUGGAGACUCUGGUAAACCAGGAGAUGUGGGACCAUCAGGGCUUCCUGGUCCAAGGGGACUCAACGGCGAGCGAGGAGUACCUGGCAUGCCUGGUAUUCAGGGAUCAAUUGGGCGCGAUGCAUCCGACCAGCAUAUAAUCGAAGUGGUGUUGAAGAUGUUGCAGGAGAGGCUAGCUGCAGUUGCGGUGAGCGCCAAGAGGGCUGUGCUUGGCGGCGCAGGUGUGAUGGGACCUCCUGGGCCCCCUGGACCUCCAGGUUCGUCUGGGCCUCAGGGGCCACAUGGUCUGCCUGGCGCCCGGGGCAUCCCUGGCAUGAUUGGAGGGCCUGGACAGGUUGGAAACACAGGGCUCAAAGGAAAGAGAGGCGCAAAGGGAGAGAGGGGAGAUCCAGGUAAACCUCACCCAGGAGCACCAGGACCUCCUGGAAUUCAAGGUCCUCCUGGUGUAGAUGGCGUGGCCCGUAACGGCAGGCACGGUGAGAGAGGACCUCAGGGUUCAGCCGGAGAGGCCGGUUACCCUGGUAAGGCGGGCGCGCAGGGUCUGCCGGGCUUCUGCGAGGCAGCCAUGUGUCUGGCGGCGUCAGCGUACACCUCCCCGAGGCUACAGGAGGCGGGAGCAAUCAAAGGCCCCGGUGUUUAGGAGACCCGUCUCUCCAUCAGCGGCUCACGACAUCAUCCCGGAGAGAGGAGGAAGAAGAAGAAGAAGAAGAGGAGGGAGAAAGAGAGAGAGCUCCUCUCAUGUAGGACAACAUCCAGAACGAGGGUUGGGGGGACAAUAAUAGUGACUGCAUGUACGGCGCCCCCUCCUGAAACUCCCAACCUAUAAGCUUUGACUGGCGGGACAUCCUCCGAUCUUACCCCCCCGCCCCCCACCUACAUCCCCAUGACAGCAGGAGCUUUCUAGUGUUUUAUCGGAUGACGUCGUUCCCUGUCCAAAUUUCCCAGGAACAUCUGCUUUCCCCUCCCUCCUCAGCGACUCUGAGCUGAAACCCAAACAUGGUGGAAGAUGCUCCUCUUUCACACCGAGGUCACAUUCAAUGCUUUUUCACACAUGCAGCAUUUACUUUUUUUUUUUACGUUCAACUGCCCCGUCUGUCUCGCAACAUCACACACAACACCUUUAAAAGUGUACACAAAUAAAUGAUUGAAGUCUAAUUUCACACUCUGUACUGUAUUGUAAAAUGUAGUAUUUUCAUCUGACAGCUUGAGUGAUUUACCUCAUGUGUACAUUGCCCCCCCCCCACCUUUCCCCUCCUGUCCCCCAAAUCCCUGCUCCCUACACGGGCCUCAUUUUAGAAACUAACGACUAGCUUUAUCGCUUCCUCUUGUUGCCUGGCAACAGCAUAUCCCGAUGGGCACUCCCAUCUCCCACAAUGCAGUGCUGUAAAUCUUUGUAAAUGUGUGUUGAUUAUUAUGUAGAGAAAAAUGAAUGGGUUUCGAUAUGCACCAACGAAAAAUCCUGUGUUAAUGAAUUCAGUGAGUAAUAAAAAAGUUCCUACAGAAAUAAUGAGUUCUCCAGACGAAUCCGUUACCAGUGCGGAUGUGCUCCCUUUGCCACUGUCCACAACUUUCCACAGGGUGUCUGCGAUUUUGAUUUAUUUUUAAACAACAAAAAAAUAUUUAUUGUUCUUUAUAUAAUCAUCUGUAAGGAGUUUUUUUUUUCUUCUGGCUGUUCAGGUAAACCCAAACCAAUAAAA